AUGUGGAAUAUGUUAGCUUGCAGUUGGUUUUAGACAAGGACAUAUGAACUUUCCAGUAAAACAACCAAAAUGUAUAAAAAUCGAGAAUUCAACACAAAAGACUUUUCACCCACCCUUUCCAACUUCAAGAAGACUUGGUAGAAAAACUAUUAGUGAGUCAACUUGAUUGAAUUUAUCUUUAUAAAAUAUAUUAUACAAUUAUGUAUAUAUAAAUAGAUGGUUAUGCAAGUAUGCAACCAUAAUACCAUCUCAAAUUUUCAUCUCUACUUUUUCAUUGUUAAUAUUCAGCCAAACUAUCAUACAUAGAAAAAAAUGAAAGGCUCUUGGAAUUCAAGGAGUAUCAUUCAUAUUACUCUUCCUUUUCUUCUCUUUUUCAUUUAUAAUUUCACGGCCGUGUUUACAGCUCCUGCUCGACACUUGUGUCAUCCUGUACAAAGAGAUGCACUUCUCACGUUCAAGAACGAGUUUGAGAUAAAGAAACCUUGUUUGGACGGCAUUCGUCCCAAGACGGAGUCAUGGGCAAUUAAUAGUGACUGUUGCGAUUGGGAUGGUAUCACAUGUGACACCAAGUCUUGGGAAGUGAUCGAGCUAGACCUUAGUCGCAGCUGCCUCCAUGGUCGACUUCAUUCCAAUAGCAGUCUUUAUAAGGUUAAAAACCUAACCACUCUCGACCUCUCAUAUAAUUAUUUUAGUGGUCACAUCUCACCUUCUAUUGGAAAUUUUUCUCAUCUUACCACUCUCGACCUUUCUAAAAAUUAUUUUAGUGGUUGGAUCCCUUCUUCAGUUGGAAAUCUUUCACAUCUUACCAUUCUUGAUCUUUCUGGUAAUGAUUUCAUUGGUGAGUUGCCAUCUUUUGGCAGUAUGAACCAGAUGAACCUCUUAAGCGUUGAAUUCAAUAAACUUAGUGGCAACUUCCCACAUUCCCUUCUCAAUCUUGAAAUGUUAUCGGAUUUAUAUCUCUCCCACAAUCAAUUUACUGGCACACUUCCUUCUAACAUGAGUUCACUCUACAACUUGGAGUACUUUGAGGCAUGGGACAACUCUUUUAGUGGAACUCUCUCUUCUUCUCUAUUCACUAUUCCUUCUUUGACUUAUGUUGAUUUGAGAGAUAACCAACUCAAAGGUACUCUUGAAUUUGGCAAUAUAUCUUCACCAUCUAAAUUAACAUCAUUAGUCCUUGGCAAUAACAACUUCAUAGGACCCAUCCCAAAAUCCGUUUCCAAAUUAGUAAACCUUCAAGACCUUGACCUUUCUCGUUUAAACACUCAAGGCCCGGUUGACUUUAGUGUCUUCUCGAAUCUCAAGUUGCUUCAACUUCUUAAUAUAUCCCAUUUAAACACCCCCACUACUGUUGACUUGAAUGCAAUCUUACACUCGAAUCUCAAGUCAAUCUUCUUACUGGAUCUCUCUGGGAACCAUGUUUCAACCACCAACAAAAGUUCAGGUGUGAAUCAUCAUUUGCAAAUGAUAAGUCAGUUGUACUUGUCAGGAUGCGGUAUCACCGAGUUUCCUGAGCUCUUAAGAACCCAAAAAAAAUUGACGAAUCUCGACAUUUCCAACAACAAAAUCAAAGGUCAUGUUCCUGGAUGGCUAUGGACACUACCAACUUUGAAUUUUGUGGAUCUUUCCUACAACAUGUUCAUUGGUUUUGAAAGAUCAACGAAACUUGGACUAUCUAUGCAGUACUUGGUUGGCUCCAAUAACAAUUUCACGGGUGAGAUUCCCUCUUUCAUAUGUGAUAUGCGCUCUCUAAUCACUCUUGAUUUGUCUAGCAAUAACCUCAACGGUGUCAUCCCUCAUUGUAUGGGAAACCUCAAGAGCAAUAUUUCAUUUUUAAACCUUCGUCAGAAUCAUCUUAGUGGAGAUCUUCCAAAUAACACAUUUGCAAGUCUAAGGUCGCUUGAUGUCGGGCAUAACCAACUCACGGGUAAGCUUCCAAGAUCUUUGAUCCAUUUCUCAACUCUUGAAGUUUUGAAUGUGGAAAGCAACAGAAUCAGUGACACCUUUCCUGUCUGGUUGAGUUCCCUAAAACAUCUUCAAGUUCUUGUCUUACGCUCCAAUGAAUUUCAUGGACCGGUACAUCAAGCCUCAUUUCCUACGUUGAGAAUCAUAGACGUAUCAGAUAAUCACUUCAAUGGAACUUUGCCUUCAAAUUACUUUGUGAACUGGAGUGCCAUGUCAUCACUUAAGGCUAACGAAGAUCGGUCUAAAGAAAAGUACAUGGGAGAUUCUUUUGGCUAUUAUCAUGACUCAAUGGUUUUGACGAAUAAAGGUAUAGAGAUGGAGCUGGUACGUAUUCUUAAAAUCUACACCGCACUCGACUUCUCUGGAAACAAACUCGAAGGAGAGAUUCCACGGUCCAUCGGUGCAUUAAAAGAGCUUCAUGUGCUCAACUUAUCAUACAACGCUUUCACCCAUCACAUCCCAUCAUCUAUGGGAAACUUGACAGCUCUCGAGUCACUGGACGUUUCCCAAAACAAGCUUUCCGGAGAAAUUCCACAAGAGCUAGGGAGCCUCUCGUAUCUUUCCUACAUGAACUUUUCUCACAAUCAGCUUGUUGGUCUAGUACCAGGAGGCACUCAGUUUCGGAGACAAAAGUGCUCUUCGUUCGAGGAGAACUCUGGACUCUUUGGUCCGGCUCUCGAUGAAGUUUGCAGAGAUAUCCACGCGCCUGCACCACAGCAGCAUGAAAAGUCGAAACCAGAGGAAGAAAAAGAAGAGGUGGUGAGUUGGGUGGCAGCUGCGAUAGGAUUUGGACCUGGUGUUGUAUUUGGAUUGACGAUUGGGUACAUAUUGUUCUCAUGCAAACAAGAGUGGUUCAUGAACGUUUUUGGUCGAAACGAACGCAGAAGCUCCACAAUGCUAAAGGCUAAAAGCCGUUUUAAAACCCAAGCUGCUCGAAGAGGACAAUGAAUCAACCAAACCAAGUAAACUGCAGAGAAAGAAGCUUGCCGAGAAAGCAACGUAGCUCCUAAUAUUCUGGUUUUGUAUGUAGUUUGGUUUAUCAUGGUCUUAGUUUCCGGCUUGGCUUAGUGUGUUUCUUUUUUACGUUUGUCUUUGUAUUUGCACAAAUCUGUAGAUU